UUUCAAAACAACGAAAUUAAAUGCCCACAAAACCAUUUUUGAUGACAAAAUAACGAAAUGUUAUGCCCACGAAAAUUUGUGCUUCUACAGUAGUCAGUCAGGGGUGUGACUGAAAUCCAUCAUUUUUAAAAAUGAUGAUUUCUAGUCAUUAAAUUGAUGUUUAAUAAUGAUUGAAAUUCAUCUUUUUUUAGAAUAAUGAUGAAAAACAGUCAUUUCUAUUUUGAAAUUUAUUUUAGAAAUAGAGCUACCUCUGAUAUUAAAAAUGACUGUAUUUCAUCCUUUUUUUAUCAAAUUGUAAGGUCUGGGCACACUAAAUUAUCUCGUUAGUUUUACAGGGCGCACUAAAUUAUUUUGGUUUCAAUUUCUUGUCAAGAUGUUUCUCUACACAAGGGUCUUUGGCAGCAUAGUGUUCUAUAUCUUAUUACUGUAGUAAAUGGGUUGGAAAUAUUGACUUGGGAAUGGAAAUAUGAUGAAAAGAAGUCAUAUUUACAAAAAUAAGAAGAAUGUGUACAUUAAUAUAUACUUAGAAGAAAUGACCAUUAUCAAUCAUUUUUAAAAAAAUGAUGGAUUCCAGUCACACCCCUGACUGGUAGUCACUGCAGUUUUAUAUUGAUUUGUUUACAGGAUCAGAUAUGCAGGAAGUGAUUGGAACAGCUAUAGCAUUUUACCUGUUAUCCGAUGGAAAGAUACCCCUGUAUGCGGGCGUGCUGAUUACGAUUGCGGACACGUUUACCUUCCUUCUUCUGGACAAGUAUGGUCUACGUAAACUGGAGGCUUUCUUUGCAUUCCUGAUUUUCAUCAUGGCUGUCACAUUUGGAUACGAGUAUGUAAUAGUUAAGCCUGAUCAGUCCUCCCUCCUUAGGGGGAUGUUUAUUCCGUACUGCGAGGAUUGCGGGCCGGAGCAGGUUCUUCAGGCCGUGGGGAUUAUAGGAGCCAUCAUUAUGCCUCACAACAUCUACCUCCAUUCUGCCCUCGUCAAGUCCCGAGAUGUAGAUCGGUCUCGAAGGGAUCAUGUCCGGGAAGCCAACAAGUACUUUUUCGUUGAGGCAGCCAUUGCAUUGUUCGUAUCAUUCCUCAUCAAUGUGUUCGUGACUGCAGUAUUUGCAGAAGGAUUCUAUGGGAAAAAUGUCACGGAAGUGUAUGACAACUGUUUAAAAGUUGGUAGCCCUCAUGCAUCCAUUUUCAAUACCACUAAACUGGAAGUGGAUAUAUUUCGAGGGGGUGUGUUUUUGGGUUGUCAGUUUGGUUUGGCAGCUAUGUAUAUUUGGGCAGUGGGAAUUCUAGCUGCAGGUCAAAGUUCGACAAUGACUGGAACGUACACAGGACAAUUUGUGAUGGAGGGUUUUCUGAAUCUCAAAUGGAAGCGCUGGAUGCGGGUGUUAUUUACUCGGAGCAUUGCGAUACUGCCUACCAUAUUUGUUGCUACAUUCUCAGGGAUUCAGGAUUUAACUGUGAUGAACGACAUGUUGAAUGUUUUAAUGAGCCUUCAGCUACCUUUUGCCCUCAUUCCGAUUCUCACGUUCACAAGUUCGGAAAAUAUCAUGGGAGAGUUCAAGAAUGGAAG